AUGAACCAACUCCGCCGAACCUUCCGCAAAACCCCGACUCCUUUGCCCCCAAACGCCACAUUCUCAUGCUUCUCCGCGCGCGGAGCAGCACAAAUUGGCACGGCGGGCGGAGCUUCAGAGAGAAGGAGGGGUGGGGGAGGGGAAACCGCUAGGACCUCUGCUGCCGCCUGCCCUUGCCGGCACCGCCUCUUAAACCGAGUGCUAGCGCUUCCUGUCAACAUGGACUCCCCAAUGAAGCUGGCGAUUGUGGAGAAGGUGGUGGGCCGCACGGGGUCCCGCGGUCAAGUCACGCAAGUGCGCGUGAAGUUCAUCGAUGAGGAUCGCUACAUCAUGAGGAACGUCAAGGGCCCUGUGCGCGUAGGAGACGUCCUCACCCUCAUGGAAUCCGAGCGCGAGGCUCGGCGGCUGCGUUAA